CAUUCCAUCGUCCCCUUUUCCCACAGAUGGAAAUGUACCCUGCCCUGACCUUAUUCUGAUUGGGCGGGUGACCGCCCACUGCUUUUGUAAUUCAGCUGGCCUCUGACUGCUUGUCUCUGCCUCUCGAAAGGAAAUGAGGAUGCUGUUGCUAGACCCUUUAGGCUUGAGGCCCUAGUCUCUGGGAUCGAGUUAAUAAAGCUCAUUCCUUUACAUCUGGGCCUUUUUAGUUGUAGGCCAGACGUAACAGUGAGCUGUCCCACAGGUUUUAUGAAAACAGUUUGUGAGAUGUUUCUGACUGUAGAAUGAAUUUUUUUUCCAUUUUGUAUUUUUAAAGACUAUGAAAGUGAUGAUGAAUCUUAUGAAGUGUUGGAUUUAACUGAGUAUGCAAGAAGACACCACUGGUGGAAUCGAGUAUUUGGCCACAGUUCCGGACCUAUGGUAGAAAAAUACUCAGUAGCUACCCAGAUUGUAAUGGGUGGCGUGACUGGCUGGUGUGCAGGAUUUUUAUUCCAGAAGGUUGGAAAACUUGCUGCAACUGCAGUAGGUGGUGGUUUUCUUCUUCUACAGGUUGCCAGUCACAGUGGCUAUGUACAGAUCGACUGGAAGAGAGUUGAAAAAGAUGUAAACAAAGCAAAAAGACAGAUUAAGAAGCGAGCAAAUAAAGCAGCACCUGAAAUCAACAAUAUAAUUGAAGAAGCAACCGACUUCAUCAAGCAGAACAUUGUGAUAUCCAGCGGCUUCGUGGGAGGCUUUUUGCUAGGCCUGGCAUCUUAAGGACUUGAAGGCUCUAUGGUAGUGGAUCCAA